CUCAGCCAGAUGAGUUGAGUAUAGAGGAGCAUGAGAUGUUGGAGGUGAUAGAGGAUGGAGACAUGGAGGACUGGGUCAAGGCGAGGAAUAAGAGGGGGCUGAUUGGCUACGUCCCAGAGAAGUAUCUUCAGUUCCCCACCUCUAACAGCCUACUGAGCAUGCUCCAGUCUCUCGCUGCUCUGGACGCUCGCUCACACACCUCCUCCAACUCCACUGAGCCAGAGAUACACACAGGCAGCAUCAACGGAGACGCCAGCUUGAGUUUUGUGAGGGCGCUGUAUGACUACGCGGGCCAGGCGGAUGAGGAGCUGUCCUUCCCAGAGGGGGCUGUCAUCCGUCUGCUCAACAGAGACACUCAAACUGACGAUGGCUUCUGGGAGGGAGAGUUUAACGGGCGAGUGGGAGUCUUCCCUUCUGUACUGGUGGAGGACCUGACGGAGAGCGGAGAGAACGGAGCACACACACUGAUCUCUCCAUCUUCGAGGCUGCCCUCCUCCCUGCCACCCCUCCCUCUGUAUGACCAGCCCCUGUGCAGCCCCUACGCCACCCCAGACACCCCCACCCCUCCGCCCCUCCCUCGCUCACCCUCUGUCAACGGGGAACACAAGCCGCCUCCCACAACGCACAAGGGACCCACUCACAAUCAUAGUUCAGCUCUGAGUCCAAUGUCUCCAGAGUUCCCCCAGCCCCCCCGGUUCACUCCCGACGGAGGCCCUAGCAAACUACGACCUGUCCGUGCAGCCCCCCCGCCCCCCAAGCAGAAACCUCGCAAAAAAGCAGAGAAGACUGAGGAGGUGGAGAUCACACUGGUGUGACAGACAUACAGACGGACGGACAGCACAGCGCUGCCCUGCAGACCAGAGUGACUGAACUUUGAACUGGGCUUUACCUCUAACCUUUGAACCAUAGAACUCCCCCUUCUCUCCCCCCUUCUCUCCCAACACUGGGAAGAACUCCCCCUUCUCUCCCCCCUACCUCCCAACACUGGGAAGAACUCCCCCUUCUCUCCCCCCUACCUCCCAACACUGGGAAGAACUCCCCCUUCUCUCCCCCCUACCUCCCAACACUGGGAAGAAACAAGGGAAGGAAGAUGAUUCUGUCUCCUAGCAACACAGAGUAGCAGCCCCUCCCUGCCCACCCCUCCUCUCCCUCUGUGUCAGACUGUCUGUUGCCUUAACUUUGCUCCCAUCUGGCAGCCAUUUUGAAUGAAAGGAGGAAGAGCGGGAGGAAGAGGAGAAUGAAAAGGAGACAUGUUGAGGAGGAGAGUUGCUAUGAAAGGGAGUUUUAUCUGCUAUGUGAGCUGGGUUUCCCCUGUUCUUGCCAUAUAUAGUCGUAUCAUACGUGUUUAAUGUGGAUUAGUACAGUACAUUACUGUUGUCCUAGGAGUGUUUCAUAUUAGCCUAACCCGCUGGUUGAAGUAUCUAUUUUAUAUGUAGCAGAAGUUGAUCCGUAUGUCAACCUGAAAUAGCAUUGUACAUACAGUUAAAGGGUAUGGUGAGAUGGAGGGAGAGACGGAGAGAGAGAAAGGUAGGGCUGGAUCCUUCCUGACCGUUCUCUAACACCUCCCUCCAUCUCUCUCUCUCCUUCUCAGACAGACUGUUCUGUCUAUCUGUAGUUUGUAUGGAUCAGUGGGUAACCAUCCACACACACACACAGAUAAGUCUCCUCAGCUUCAACCUCUGAUGAACAGCCUGUGUUUGUAUCAUUGGUAUUUAGUCCUCAAUAGGAAGUGCAGAGGAGACAAUAGGAAGUGCAGAGGAGACAAUAGGAAGUGCACAGGAGACAAUAGGAAGUGCACAGGAGACAAUAGGAAGUGCAGAGGAGACAAUAGGAAGUGCAGAGGAGACAAUAGGAAGUGCAGAGGAGACAAUAGGAAGUGCUCUAAGAGCUGGGGUCAGAAGUUUGGUGUUUUACAGCUGUGGUUGUAACCCCUGUCAGGCUUCUGUUUAUCCUUCAGACAUAGAUACUGAUACCUGUAUUUAGUGCUUUAUGAUUACUGUUUUCUCUGACGGCCUGUCAGAAUCAACCCCUGUUCUGGUUAUGUGUUGGACCGGGCGUCUCUCUGUGCUGGAGUCUGAGUGAGUGGGAUGUUCAGUGGAGAGAGACUGUAUUUAAACGACUGAAUGAACGAACCCAGAGGUCCACCCGAAAAGAAGGGGGCAGAAAACAACAUCACCACAGAGGACAACAUGUCCAGAGGAGCUGCACCACAGAGGACAACAUGUCCAGAGGAGCUGCACCACAGAGGACAACAUGUCCAGAGGAG